AUGAUCAUCGCUCGCUUCUUGCACUCCAGUCGAAGAGUCGCCCUCGACAUAAAACAGCAGCUUCUUGAUCUCAAUUCGUUGCAUGUAGAAAGUCUUCCAUUCAGAAAAAUCAUCGAUGUUGCGUCUCAAACGUACAAGUCGCCUGUGCCUACAGAUCAUUCCAAACUGCCCUUGGUGAUGAUCCAUGGAUUAUUCGGAGCAAAACAAAACUACGCCAUGGUUGGCCGCACAAUUGCAGAGAAGACGUCCAGACAAGUUAUUGGGCUAGAUAUGCGAAACCAUGGCGGCUCGGAUCAUGUCCUACCCCAUGACUACAUUCAUAUGGCCAUCGAUACGGAACAAUAUUUGCGGCAAUUGGGAAAACCUGCAAUACUAGCUGGUCAUCUGAUGGGUGCAAAAGUGGCAAUGCUUGUUGCUUUGAAGUGGCCGGAGCUAGUGGAGAAACUAGUAGUCAUUGAUAACUCACCAGUCGCAAGUGCUCUCGACUCACAAUUCACCCAGGAUCUUCGCGCAAUGUGUCAUGUUAAGCUUGACUCCGAGUUGGCGAAGGUGAAGCUGAAAAACUUGAGAAUUGAGGUUGAUAGAGUGAUGCAAGACUACGAGAAAGACCCAAUGGUGCGUUUGUUUUUGAUCUCAAACCUCAAGCCGCGCGCUAGCAGCACAGACACACUGCCAAUAGACUUUCGAGUACCUGUCAUGAGCUUCCUAAAGUAUGGCGUUCUAGAGAAGAUGGGAGAGUGGCCAGCAACAGAGGUCCAGGGUUUGAAAUUCGAAAAGCCCGUCCUACUAUUGAGAGGGUUUCAUUCGCCCUUCGUUCCGGAUUUGAAAGUUUUUGACGAAUAUUUCCAGGAUAUACAUGUUGUUAAUUAUGACUGUGGACAUUGGCUUGUGAGUGAGAGACCGAAAAAAUUCGUUGCAGACAUGAUUGAAUUCAUUGAAGAUUAG